AUGGCUAGAGACACUAGACUAUACGAUACGCUGAAGGUCUCUCCGGAUGCAACGAUAUCGGAGAUCAAAAGGGCCUACAAGGUGAUGGCCCUUAAGUAUCACCCAGAUAAAAAUCAUCAUUCUGAGGAUGCGAAAAAUAAAUUUCAAGAAGUUUGUAAGGCCUACGAGAUUUUAGCUGAUGAGGAUAAGAGAGUUAUGUACGAUCGAUAUGGUACAGUCGAUGAGUAUGCGCUGCAAGAGCAGGAAGAAUCUCAAGGUGCACCUACGACAUCAUCUUCAUUCUUUGGGUCUUCCAUGUCGCCAGGAGAUCUUUUUGCCCAGUUUUUUGAUAAUUUCCCAGGACAUUCGUCAUUUGGCAGAUCUCCAUUUGGAUCAGCGUUUGGCGGUGGUUCCCCAUUUGGCGGUGGUUUUCCAUUUGGUUCUAGUUUCUCUCAUCAUAGUGGUGGGGGUAGAAGCUCCUACGGUGGUGGCAGGCCCAGUAGAGGUCCCGAUAUUAAACAUAAUUUGAAAUGCACAUUGGCGGAACUGUAUGAUGGUAAAAUUACUAAAUUGGGGUUGAAUCGUAGACGUAUGUGCCAAUCUUGUCAGGGACAAGGUUCUUUGAGAAGACGUACAUGUAAAACAUGCAGAGGUCAGGGCCAGCAAACAGAGACACGCAGGACGGGUCCUAUGGUCCAAACCUGGACUCAAACCUGCCCAGAUUGUAAUGGGCUAGGUACAUAUACAAAGCAAGCCGAUGUUUGCCACGAGUGUCGGGGUGAAAGUUAUAUCAAGGAAAGAAAAAUCUUUGAUGUGGAAGUUAGCAAAGGUAUGUGCCAUGGUCAAACGAUUGUAUUGCCAGGUGAAGCUGAUGAAUUGAUAAAGACCAGUUUUGGUGUUGAAAAAGUUAUACCGGGUGAUGUAGUGAUUACCAUCGAUCAGGUCAAAGACUCUAAAUUUCAUAGAGUUAAUCGCUAUGGUUGCGAUUUAGUAAUGGGUAGUUGUUCUAUUGAUUUGUCCACAAGUCUAUGUGGUGGUGACAUCUAUAUCGAUGGUCAUCCAAGCGGUAAACUUUUAAAAGUUUCUAUUGUCCCAGGUGAACUGAUAGGCCCUAAUUGUUUGAAAAGUAUUGAAGGUAUGGGUAUGCCUAAAUACGGUCACGACGGUGGUAAAGGAAAUCUUUACAUACAGUUUCAGUUAGAGUAUCCUGUUGGUCUAGAGCCUGAUACUAUCGGUAGAUUGCAAUCAGUCCUAUUACAAGAUAAGUAUGUUCAAAAUCAAAUACAAUCACAAAAUGCUAAGGUUUAUCAAAAAUUGGGUGAUUGUGCGGAAGUUGAUGAACACGUCUUAAGUAGUUUUGUUCCUUCUAUGGAGGAGAUAACGAGUAGGACAGCAUCUUCAAAUGAGAGAGAUUAUGUUAAACGUAGAUGGAAGAGGUCUAAUGAAGGUUCAAGUACAAAGAGACGUCACAUGGGCGAUUCUAGCGAUAGCGACUAG